AUGUCCUCCGGCGGCCCCACCACCACCUCUUCAAAUACCAGCCCAAGGGUCGCCGCGGGGCCCACCACCACGCGACGGCGCGUGCCCGACAACAACAUCGUCGACGCCGAGAAACAGCAACAGCAGCAGCAGCAAGUCUCCUCGAGCUUCUCCGAUUUCUCGGAGGUAGAACAAGAAAGCACCGCCACGAACACCCUCCACCACCACGCGCACCAUCACCACCUCCACCCCGUCAUGCGCUAUCUCCUGCACCGCACCCGCAUCCUCUUCUGUGUGCCCGAGUCCUUCUUUCUCCGCGUGGAACACCUCUUCAUCUGGCUCGCCGGUUCGGUUCAGUGGCUCCGGUCCGGUAAGAACGUGGGCCGAAAGAUCAUCGCGGCCCUUAUUGCCAUGUUGGUUAUGUCGGUUUUCCUUAAGAUGUCUCUUCUCGGUGGUGGCGUUGAGAUGAACGGAAAGAGCAUCGAGAAUGGCCAGUUGAUCUUGCAACGCUUCAAAGAGGAUUGGGCCUCGGCCCAAAGAGUCGUCACCGAAACCGAAACGGAAACCUCCAUGCCCAAACGGGUUCUCGAGAGGUUGGCUACUCCAGAAAUAUGGUUGAAACCAAACAGUGACAAUUAUUACCAGUGCGUUUCUCGACCCAGGAAUGCAAUAAGGACAAAGUCAAAGACAAAUGGGUAUCUUCUUGUUCAUGCCAAUGGUGGGUUAAAUCAAAUGAGAACUGGGAUAUGUGAUAUGGUUGCAGUGGCAAAAAUAAUGAAUGCCACCCUUGUCCUUCCUUCUCUUGACCAUGAUUCAUUUUGGACCGAUCCAAGGCACUUCAUGAAAGUUUUGAAAGAGGACGUAGACAUAGUCGAGUAUUUACCGGUCCAGUAUGCAUCCAUAAAACCUCUUGUAAAGGCACCAGUUUCCUGGUCAAAGGCUAGUUACUACAGAGGUGAGAUUCUUCACUUGUUGAAGCGACACAAGGUGAUACAAUUCACUCACACAGAUUCCCGGCUCGCAAACAAUGGCCUUGCUUCCUCUAUUCAGAAGCUUAGGUGUCGCGCCAACUAUCAAGCUCUCAGGUAUACAGGAGAAAUUGAAGAGCUUGGAAGGACUUUGGUGGAUAGGCUAAGAAACAAUAAUGAACCAUAUAUUGCCCUUCAUUUGAGAUAUGAGAAGGACAUGCUAGCUUUUACUGGCUGCAGUCACAAUCUCACUGCUGAGGAGGCUGAGGAACUAAGGGUUAUGAGGUAUGAAGUGAAGCAUUGGAAGGAAAAAGAGAUUGAUAGUGUAGAUAGAAGAUUGCAAGGGGGGUGCCCUAUGUCACCUAGAGAGGCAGCUAUUUUUCUCAAGGCCAUGGGUUACCCUUCCACUACAACAAUGUACAUUGUUGCAGGAACUAUCUAUGGUAGCAAUAGUAUGGCGGCUUUUCGCUUGGAGUACCCUAAUGUCUUUACUCACUCCACUCUUGCAACUGAGGAGGAGCUAGAGCCCUUCAAGCCAUACCAAAACCGUCUCGCUGCUUUGGAUUAUAUAGUGGCCCUUGAAAGUGAUGCAUUUGUGUAUACUUAUGAUGGAAACAUGGCCAAAGCAGUGCAGGGUCAUAGGAGAUUGAAUUUCGUUAGGCUGAUUGAUCAAUUGGAUGAGGGUUCAAUAUCAUGGGAAGCAUUUUCUUCUGAAGUGAAGAAUUUGCAUUCCAACCGGCUAGGUGCACCUUAUCCAAGACUGGUGGGAGACUCACCAAGAACAGAGGAAAACUUUUUUGCUAAUCCCUUUCCUGGUUGUGUGUGUAACAAGUCUCAGGAGCUAAUUACAAGCCGGAAACUACACCAACGAUUUGGUGUUGGAGUACAAAGAUAGUUUCUUGGUUUUGUUAUAUAUACAUUUUUUUAGGCUUAAGCUGUGAGGUUUCAUCAUGCAUUUAUGGCACAGCCUUAAAGUUAAGGGUAGCUCAUUCGGGUUGUGGUGAGAAUGUGCUUCCUGUGGUCCAGCCUGGUUGAUGAGGCUGUUGAAGAAUCAAUGAGGCCCUUGUGGGGUCUCAUUUCAUUCAAACUUUUUGAGUUUCAGUUUAGGCAUACAAAAGGGAAAGAAUAGAAAAGGUUUGUGUAUAAUAUCAAAAGGCAUAAU